ACGAGGAAGAUUCAUUUCGGGCUGACGCUGCGUAUACGUAAUGCGGUUUAUGCGUUGCACAUUAUUCACAUCUAAACUGGGCAUCUAGCCUUGCUUUGCAUUCUUUAGUGCCUAAUUUUUCCAACUUUUGGUAUCUGCAUGUCUGUGUAUCUAUUAAAAUUAGUUUUUGUGUGCUUAGUUGCUGGCAACAAGUCGCCGUCUCAAUGCCAACUUGUUUACGCUGUUAAAAAGUGAAUUGGGAAAAAUAAUCCAGUAAUAAUUAAUGCAAGAAUAUGUGCUUUAAAGGUCUAUGCUUGACAGAAGCAACCAAGCGAAGCAAAAAGUGUUUUGAUGAAAAACCUUCAUUUUAAAAAUAUUUGAAAUAAUUAAUAUUUUAGUUAAAUUUUUCCACUUAGUGUAAUAGCUAAUCAUAAGCACUAACAAAAAAUAGCUCAUAAGGUCCCUUUUAAUAACCCCAUUUGUCCCUUCCUAUCAGCACUUACAUAUCUAUUGGUUCCAUUAUAAAACCCUGAUCAGACUGAAAAUAAGACGGUUGUUAGUCAGAAGAGCUAUAUUCACUUUACUUUACAUUUAUAGUGUAAUAAAUAGUUUAGUACAUUGUUUUCUUGCGCCCAGCUCAAGCACUUGCUAUAAAAAUCGCAACUUCUACUGAUAAGCACCAUCUAAAAAUACCUCACAAGCACCCUCCUAAUAAUCGCACCUGUUCCCCCCUAUCAGCACUAGUUGUUUGACUCCAUUAUAAAACCCUGAUCGCACUAAAAAUGAGCAAGUUGCCGACUAAUAACACUAACCCACCGAAACAAAGUAAUGGUAAUGGUAAAGCUAACACUUUGGAAGAUAAACUGGAUGCGAAGGUUUCGAUCGACAUGGAGGCGCCCGAGUUCAAGGACUUCGCCAAGACAAUGGUGGACUUCAUAGCCGAAUAUUUGGAGAACAUACGCGACAGGCGCGUUCUGCCCGAAGUGAAGCCCGGGUACCUGAAGCCCCUCAUCCCGGACGCGGCGCCCGAGAAGCCGGAGAAGUGGCAGGAUGUGAUGGAGGACAUCGAACGGGUCAUCAUGCCGGGAGUGACCCACUGGCACAGUCCCAAGUUCCACGCCUACUUCCCCACGGCCAACUCCUAUCCGGCGAUUGUGGCCGACAUGCUGAGUGGUGCGAUUGCCUGCAUCGGAUUCACCUGGAUCGCCAGUCCCGCGUGCACGGAACUGGAAGUGGUCAUGAUGGAUUGGCUGGGCAAGAUGCUGGACCUGCCCGUCGAAUUCCUGGCCUGCUCGGGUGGCAAGGGAGGCGGUGUCAUUCAGGGAACGGCCAGUGAGUCCACACUGGUUGCCCUCCUGGGAGCCAAGGCCAAAAAGAUCAAGGAAGUGAAGGAGCAGCACCCGGAGUGGGAUGAAAACACCAUCCUCGCCAAACUGGUGGGCUACUGCUCUGAUCAAGCCCACUCCUCCGUGGAAAGGGCUGGCCUUCUGGGUGGUGUAAAGCUCCGCUCGGUGCCCUCGGAAAACCUCCGGAUGCGUGGGGCUGCCUUGGAAAAGGCCAUCCAAGAGGAUCUGGCCAAGGGUUUGAUUCCCUUCUAUGCCGUUGUCACCCUGGGCACCACCAACACCUGCGCCUUCGACCGUCUGGAUGAGUGCGGACUUGUGGGCAACAAGCACAACGUGUGGAUCCACGUGGAUGCCGCCUAUGCCGGAUCCGGUUUUAUCUGUCCCGAAUACCGUCACCUGAUGAAGGGCAUCGAACAAGCAGAUUCCUUCAACUUUAACCCACACAAAUGGAUGCUGGUGAACUUCGACUGCUCGGCCAUGUGGCUAAAGGACCCCAGUUGGGUGGUCAACGCCUUCAAUGUGGAUCCUCUUUACCUAAAGCACGAUAUGCAGGGAUCAGCCCCGGACUACCGCCACUGGCAAAUCCCACUGGGACGUCGUUUCCGCGCCCUGAAGCUCUGGUUUGUCCUGCGGCUCUACGGUGUGGAGAACCUCCAGGCACACAUCCGUAGGCAUUGCAAGUUUGCUCAGCAAUUCGCUGAUCUCUGCGUGGCGGAUUCCAGAUUUGAGCUGGCCGCCGAGGUUAAUAUGGGACUGGUCUGUUUCCGUUUGAAGGGCAACAACGAGCAGAAUGAAGCUCUCCUCAAGCGCAUCAAUGGACGCGGCAACAUCCACAUGGUUCCGGCCAAGACCAAUGAUGUGUACUUCCUGCGAAUGGCCCUUUGUUCUCGGUUCACCCGGUCGGAGGACAUGGAGUACUCCUGGAACGAGGUCAGCGCCGCUGCUGAUGAGCUGGAAAAGGAGAAGUAAUGUGGUGCUACAAGAGUCUGUUCCGCGUUUUAUCUCUAAUACAAAAUGGACCAAGUUACCACAAGUAUUUUAUCUUAAAAGUUAGGUAUUUCAUGGUAACCUUAUGAACUUAAGAACGGAAUAGACCUCCAACUAGAAUUCACUUGCGACAUGUUUAGGGAAUUUACAUCGCAACAAAAGAUGGCAGGAUUACCGCCUCCAUCGCUUCAUUAGUCUUUAAGUCUCCUAUCAUCGUAGUGUUGAUGUUGUUAAUGCUUUUAUUGUUAACGUUCUACGCCUAAUUAAAACAUAUUGUAUUCUGCUUAAAAAUACAUCAAAUUGUAACUAUAAA